GGCGGGACUGCUGGCCCAGCUGAAAUGGUUCCUCCUCCUCCACCUCCGCCCCAGUUGCUUCUGGUAGCCCUGGUGGGGCUCCUGAGUCUUUGCGAGGUGGUGGUUGAGCCGGCGGCGGAGGAGGCAGGAACCCGUUGUCCCGAGGGCCUCUGGCCUCUGCCUCCACAGGUGUUACCAAGAGUGACAUACACGCAGGAGAGACGAGGGCAGCUUGAUGGCGUUGCCUUCCUUUACCAUCCAUGUGCCCACCCCUGGCUGAAGCUCCAGCUUGCUCUCUUGGCCCAUAUGUGUGUGGCCAAGCCCACACUCAUUCCUGACUCCAGUCUCACUUGGGACCGGCCCCUGGUGCUGACAGCAUGGGGGACUGCACUGGAGAUGGCAUGGAUAGAGCCAGCUUGGGCUGCUCACUGGUUGAAGAGGCGGCGGCGCCGGCAGCAGAGAAAGAGUGUGUGGAUUCUCUCUGACACCCUUUCUGGGCCCACUCCCAUGAUGCCGGCCCCCAGCAGAGGGAAGCUGUGUGGGAGACGGUGUGUACAGGCUCCGACUCUGGCCUUUGCUCUGCGAAGCUGGCGGCCUCCUGGUGUAGAGGUGACAUCUAGAGGCUCUCUCAGUGUUGUCAGGAGAAGAGGGCUCCGAGCUGCCCUUGGUCUCCAGUCUACUCCCUCAGGCCUGAGGGUUUCCUUGGCCUCUUCACAGAGCCCGAAGGCCCAGCAGCCCAUUUUGGGAACCUCAUCUGUGGCCCCUGACUCCUUGAUGACUGGGGGACCUGGAGGCAAUGAUAGGUCCAGGACAGAGGCUCAGAUGCCCAGUGGGCAAGACAAUCCAGAGGGUUGUGCCUGCCUGGGCCAGGCUUCCCCAGCUCCUCGAGCAGCAGCGCCUCCCCGGGUGGCCCGAGGCCCAACUCCACGCACAGAAGAGGCCGCUUGGGCUGCCAUGGCCUUGACCUUCCUGCUGGUCUUGCUCACCCUGGCCACGCUCUGCACGCGAUUGCACCGGAACUUCCGCAGGAGUGAGAGCAUCUACUGGGGGCCCACAGGAGACAGCCAAGACACGGUGGCAGCUGUGCUGAAACGGAGACUGCCCUUGCCCUCGCGCCGGAUCAAGCGGUCUCGCAGACGGCCCCUGCUCCCGCCCACACCGGAUAGCGGCCCUGAAUCGGAGAGCUCGGACUGAGCGGCUCCGCCCCUCUGUGACUGCUGCCACGUGGGCCGUGCGCCGGCGCCCCCUGGCGGCAGACGGAGAGGCCCUGGAGGCUUCUUUUGGUUUGCGUAUCCUUUUAGCCUCCCCGAUGCAAAUUCCUGUUUCUAAUUAAAUUAUUUUAGUAGAA